UGAGAUACUGAGAAACAUGGGGUGGGGAAAUACCCUGGGAAAGUCCCUUAACCUUCCAGUGCAAUAUAAAAAGGGGGGCAUGCAAUACCGAAGAAAGCUGCAACCGAUCUCACAGCAGUAACCAAUCCCAACGCGAAUCCCAAAUUGACAUGGCUGAAGAGUCCAAGACGCCAGAGGAAACUCCCCCACUUCAGAAAUCCCCUGAGCCAAAUGAUGACACUGACGCACCAGCUUCUCGUCCAGGAGAGGUCUACCUCAUUGCACAAAGUGGUAGUAAUUUCUUCAAAGUUGGUCGAUCUGUAGACCCGGACAAGCGCCUCUCAGAUUUACAGACUGGGCAACCUCAGAAGUUGAUCAUGAAGGAACGUAAAACUGUUGGUAACAUGGUGGAAGUCGAGCAACGUCUGUUGGCCAAAAUGCGAGAUAAGUUUGUUCCGAUGCCUGGUGGAACCGAAUGGUUUGAAGGGGAUAUUGCUAAAGCCCAGGAGAUUUUCUUAAGCCUUGUCGAUAAUAUAAAAGCUUGAAACUUAAACUUUGUUAGUAUACCUAUCUCAAGGACUUUAGUACAUUAUCUGUGUAAUCAUGUAGUGUUCAGUUUAUUCCUUAAAAGUUUAUCUGUUUUGAAUGCUGGGAAUUGAAAAAGGGGGUGGAAGGUAAUGCAGUGGUACUACUGAUCCUGGAAAAGAUAGAGCAGAUUAGCUGGGAAUACCCUGGGAAAAUCCUUUCAUGCUCUCACUAGCUAUAAAAGUAAGAGGCAACUGCAGUAUUCUUGUGCCUUCAAAUAAUCAAGACAAAAAGUGUCACUACUAUCUAUAUACCUAACAUGGCUGAAGAAGAGUUUAAGUACAAGACUCCAGAAGAAAUUGCUGCUCUGCCCGUGUUUCCCGAGCC